UAUAAACAUAAAUAAGAGAUACGCGCGGAUGCUAUACGCUUAACCAAGUCUAAAACCGACGGCUGCUUAUCUUUGUGAGAGGUGCCUAUAAGAUCUGUUCUAAUGUCAGCAUCGCUUAUACAUAAAAUGGACGAAUCAAGGAUAUCGCAGUACAAGAGCAGUGACUCAGGUUUUGCAGUUGUGGACGUCGGGUUGACUGGAGUGAACGUAAGAUGGCAGCCUGUUUUGCAGUGGUAUAUCGGCAUGACGUUCGUGGUCUUCGUCAGCCUUGCAGCACUUAUAUGGCUGUACAAGUACGCGCGUAUCUGGUAUGCAUUACAUCACUUGCCUGGUCCACAAGAUUGGUUUCCACCAGGGUAUUUGCUAAUGGAAUAUGCGCAAAAGGCGGCAAAUACGCACUAUACGGAUUUUAGCUAUGAGUUCAGCAAUGCGAUUCGUUCACUGGCUAAAACAUAUGAUUCGGAGGGCCUAUUCAGGAUAUACCUCGGCCUACAGCCAAGUGUGGUCGUCUACCGAGCUGAAUUUGCCGAAAAGAUACUCUCGGAUCCCCAGAACAUCGGGAAGCACUCCAGCUACCGCUUCCUUUAUCCUUGGCUUGGCUUGUCACUCCUUACCAGCACAGGGAAUGAGUGGAGACAACGCAGGAAGUUGCUAACGCCGGCAUUCCACUUUAAAACAUUGGAUAAUUAUGUACCGACCAUUAAUGCACGCUGCGCCGAGUUUGUUGACUACCUAAACGCGCUUCCACAAAAAGAAGACAUCCGUUUGUUCUACGAAAUAUCAAAACUGACGCUUGACUGCGUAGGAGACACGACAAUGGGGUUUAAGAUGGAGUCAUUAAAACGAAAAAGUACCUACAGCUACGCCUUAGCCAUGUUUCAGUACCUGGUUAUAGCUCGCACGCUACGCCCGUGGGUUUGGCCGAAUUGGAUCUACGAAAUGUUGGACGAAGGUCGAGCGGCGCGACGCUGUUGUGAGGUCCUUCAUCAUUGGUCCCGAACAAUCAUACGCGCACGACGCGAUUACCUAGUGAACCUUAGUGAGAACACCAAAGAGAUUGGCAAGUACGAUCCAAAUGCACGAGCGACUCCCCUGUUGUUGAAUGACGUGGAUGAAGAUGAUGUACAAUCGAAGCUUCCAAAAACGGGAACCUCUUUCUUGGACACGUUAUUAGCGAUGCAUCUCCGCGAUCCUAAGCUUACACUCGAACAUAUUCGAGAGGAGGUCGAUACGGUUCUGUUCGCGGGGCAAGAUACAACUGCGACUACGGUGGCCUUCACCCUCUACUUGCUGGGUUUGCAUAAAGAGAGCGAACAGCGUGUUUUAGAUGAAAUAGAUGAUGUAUUUGGGGAUGAUUUCACCAGAGAUAUAACACAAGAAGAUUUAAGGAAGCUAAAGUAUCUCGACGCUUGCGCUAAAGAAGCCAUGCGCCUAUUUCCUCCAAUACCAAUAAUAGGGCGUCGACUGGAGACAGACAUGAAGAUGGGUGACUACGUUAUUCCACGUGGUGUCGAGCUGAUUACACUCGUAUCCCAACUUCAUCGAGACCCUGAGUAUUUUCCUGACCCGGAGCGAUUCUGCCCUGAUCGUUUUUUUGGCGGUCGGAGGCCCGACAGCCCUUUCGCUUACAUCCCGUUUUCUGCUGGACCACGUAACUGUAUCGGUCAAAAGGUGGCACUGCUCGAAAUGAAAAUAAUUCUGGCUCAUUUCCUUCGCCAUUACCGCGUGGAACCUAGUUGGCCUAUCCACAAACUGAAAAUCUGCUUCGAGGUAGUUACUCGGGCAAAAGGAGGCCUCCGUGUCAGGCUUGUACCACGUCGGCCGCAGUAACAAAUGCUUGCCGCAGAUAGUUAAAGAACAAAUAGUAGAAAUUAGUGGACGAAUCCAGAUAGGUUUAUAUCUGUUGCUAUAUAGGUUAACGAUUCAGCCAAAUGCGUUUCCGAUACAGUACCAAAGAGCUACGCUCUUUUUUACUUUACUUAAAGACGCUACUAUUUUUACUCUACUUUAAGGUGUUACUAUUUUACUACAGUUAAAUAAAUAAAUAAAUUAAUGUUAUUUUUUCAUAUUA